UUGUUUCCUCCUAUUUAUUACUCUAAUUUGUUUUAUGCCAUGUGGGAGAAGGAGUACGUACCUAAAGAGAAAACCAAAUCUUCGAAAUCACCUGUCAAAUAGAGAGAGAGAAGUGUGAUUUGAACCUUUCAAACAAAUAAUCGCCGUCACCUUGAUUUUACAUAAAUCAACCCUUUUGAUUGCUCAGUUGCAUCGUCUCCGUCACGCCUAAUUUAUUUAUUUAUUAAAAAAAAUAUAUACGAUAACUAUUCCUCGUCGUCCUUUUCGGCUUUCUCCGAGUGUUUUCGUUCGUUCUUCUUAAUUAAUAUUCCUGAGGAACGAACUCUCUUGUUCUAUAUAUCUCCCGUCAAAUAAAAAAUCACUCUCUUCUCUUCUUUUUCUCACAAUUCUCCGGACAUGCCUUUGAUUUCUUCUAUAUUCUCUACUCUAACCACCUCUUCUUCUUUUUCAUCGUUUUGCUAACAGAUUCUGAGAAUAUUUUGUUUUUGGUUUUGUUUCCAUGGGGAUUCUCUGGGAUUCGAUUCUCUUGUUACUCGUGGCUGCGUUUGCUCUGUUCUUAAUUAGGAUCGCGUUAUUCAAAACUGGAUUCAUCUACAUGGUCAAGCUCUGGAGGAGGAACCUCAUCGACAUGUUUCACGUUUACCAAUUCUACAAAGUUCCAGAGUUCAACGACAACCUGCAAGAGAAUCACCUCUACCGCAAAGUGUACGCCUAUCUCAAUUCCUUAAGCUCCAUCGAGAAUUCCGAUUUCACGAACCUCUUCACCGGGAAAAAGUCUAACGAGAUCAUCCUCCGUUUAGAUCGGAACCAAGUCGUUGGCGACGAGUUUCUUGGCGCUAGAGUUUGCUGGAUCAAUGGACACGACGAAGACGGCGUUAGACACUUCGUUUUGAAGAUUCGUAAAGCUGACAAACGAAGGAUCCUCGGCUCCUAUCUCCAGCAUAUACACACAGUGUCCGAUGAGCUUGAACAGAGGAACACAGACCUCAAGCUCUUCAUGAACGUCGAUGUUCUCAGUAAUAACAAGAAGAAGAACGGACGGUGGAGAUCCAUCCCCUUCGAUCACCCUUGCACCUUUGACAACAUCGCCAUGGAAACGGAUCUUAAAAACAAGGUCAAAUCCGAUCUCGAAUCUUUCCUCAAAGGCAAACAGUACUAUAACCGUCUCGGCCGUGUUUGGAAACGGAGUUACCUCCUCUACGGACCUUCCGGCACCGGAAAAUCAAGCUUCGUCGCGGCCAUGGCGAAUUUCUUGGACUACGAUGUCUACGAUAUAGAUCUCACCAAAGUCGUGGAUGAUUCCGAUCUUAAGAUGCUUCUCUUACAAACGAGAGGCAAAUCCGUGAUCGUCAUCGAGGAUCUGGAUCGGUACCUCUCGGCGAAAUCAACGGCUGUGAGUUUAUCAGGGAUUUUGAAUUUUACUGAUAGUAUCCUCAGCUCUUGCACCGCCGAUGAACGGAUCAUGGUCUUUACCAUGACUGGGAAAGAACUAAUUGACCCGGCUAUGCUUCGACCGGGUCGGGUCGACGUUCACAUCCAUUUCCCUUUAUGUGAUUUCACGGCGUUUAAAACGCUCGCUAACAACUACUUGGGCGUUAAAGAGCAUAAGCUUUUCUCUCAAGUCGAAGGAAUAUUCCAAAACGGCGCGUCUUUGAGCCCCGCCGAGAUAGGUGAGCUCAUGAUCGCCAAUCGUAACUCGCCGACUCGGGCUUUGAAGUAUGUCAUCAACGCUUUGCAGACUGAUGGCGAUCGCAGAGGAACUGGACGGCGUUUGCUUCUUGAAAGCGGUUCCAGAAGAGCGACGACGGAGGAAGUCUCCGAAGAUAUGAGUGGAUCGCUUUGCGGCGGUGGAGGAGGAGGGAGUUCGCCGGCGGUGAAAGAGUUUAGGAAGCUGUAUGGGUUGUUGAGGAUUAAAAGUAGUAGAAAAUCUGGAUCGUUCGAUGUGGCACGAGAGAUCAGGGACGGCUAGUGAUUAAAACGUUUUUAAGAGUCAGCAGCCACGUGGGCUGGUUUUAUUGGUUGAGAGAGUCUGGACAAAAGCGCAGACUAGAGAAUGUUUACUCUGUUUUUUUCUUUGUGGUUGUCCUUUAGUUUAAUGUACAGAAGGUUUUAUAAGGUUUUGCUUUUUGUUUUUUUUUUCUUUUGCUAUGAAAGAAAUUGAAAAGCUAGCACAGAUUCUGGGUUUAUAACCA